AUGGAUAAUAUCAAGGCUACACUUUGUGUCUCGGUUCAAGAUAGCUUGCCCACAUCGGUACGAUCAUGGAGAGACAUCGAUACCACGGCCGAUCCGCAAUGGGCCCAACCCUGGGAAUUCUUACGUCCUUUCUUUCGUGAAGCUGGUUAUGAUCUUUAUCGUGCUGGCAUUAAUGGUAAACUCAGCACCCCCAAUACAACGACACCACCUGCUCUCGAUUCCUUUGGGUUGUAUGGGGAUAGAAGCAAACUCAGAACUCAUUUUAUCCCCGUUUCUCAAGUAUUUCCUGCUCGAGACACGAUGGAUCGAGACGUUGUUAUAAAGUUGAUUUCGAAGGGGAAGGAAGGGGAAAAUGAGCGGCAAAUUUUGCAAAUGCUGAACUCUGAGCCUCUGCAAUGCGAUCCAGCCAAUUCAACUGUUCCGGUCAUCGAAUUUCUUGAGUACCAGGAGUACUGCUUUGCAGUCAUGCCCUACUGUGAUGGCUGUGAUGAACGUCCUUUCCUGCAUGCAUCAGAAUGUCUCGAUUUUGCAGAACAAGUGCUGGAGGGGAUCUCUUUCUUACACACUCAUCGUAUUGCACACUUGGAUAUAUCUACCGAGAAUAUCCUGGUGAACCACCAUGGCUUGUUGACACAGACAUUUAUAUUACAGGGACAGCAUGAGCCCCCCUUGAAGAUUUGGCCUCCUCAGGAGUGGCGCUCCACCUUCCCUGUGCGGUACCUUUUCAUGGAUUUCGGGUACUCUAUCCGUUUCAACGAAGAUGUCCGCUUAGGCAAGUGCACUGCUCUACCCUUCCCACAAGGCAGAGAGCAUCGAGCUCCCGAAGUUCGGGGUACGCAGGCAUUUAAUCCGUUCGCGGCUGAUGUCUAUCAAACAGCUCGUAUCUUCUAUGGCUGGUUUCCUGACUUAGUGGAUGACGUUCCUGAUCUGUUGAAGCUGUUGCAAGACAUGUCAUCGUAUAAUCCGUCCCGUCGAAUCACCGCCACAGAGGCAUUGGCGCGACUGCGCACAUUGCGCUCCACCAUCCCUGACGAGAAAUUGAAAGACCUUCGCGAACGAGAGCUUCUUAUAUUCCCGCUUGUUCCGAGGAGCCACCUGGUCAUGUUCCGUGACAUUCUAGAGACCGGCAAAUGGAGUUUAGCAUGUCAGUUUGCGUGGGCGUUGUUGCAGAUAUGGUUGUUCAAAACGACGGGAAACGAGAAGACGGAUUAG